GCUGGAAAAAUGGCACCUCCGAGUUCCCCAGGCCCCAAGGGCUCAUCAGCUGCAAGCGUUCCUCAGCCUGAGGAGGAGAUGGUGCUGCCUGGCUUCCCGGACAUCGACAGCUUCAUGAAGUUUGCUCUAAGGUCAGUGGAGGCAGUCAUUAAGGCAUCUGGGAGCCUGCCAAAGUCUGGCCCAGAAUAUGAUUUUUACCAAAGUUUUCCUGGCUUCCAAGCAUUGUGUGAGACUCAAGGAGACAGAAUACUUGAGGGCAUGAGCAGAAUGAUGCAGUACUACGUGUGUCAGAGCAACAUCAAGGAUUGCAGGAAAGUGACGGACUUGGAAGACAAUUUUGAUUUAUUGGUUGACGCCAAUGAUGCUAUUCUGGAUGGAGUGGACAUUUUACUGGAUGAAGCUUCAGGCAUGAAGAAGCAUCAGCAGCCUGUCCUCCCCAUAGGAUCACAAGCCCGCCAAAUGAUCGUGUCCAGCUGGAACCGGAAAGUAGGAGAAUCUGGCAAAAAAACAAAAUCUGAACCCUUCCGGCUGCUUCACGUGAAGAACAUCAUCCGACCGCAGCUUAAAUUCCGAGAGAAGAUCGACAAUUCCAACACCCCAUUUGUUCCGAAGAUCUUCAUCAAGCCCAACGCCCUGAAACCUCUCCCUCGGGCGCUGUCUAAGGAGAGUCGGGAGCACACCAAGAACCAAUCAGAGGACCCGGAUGUGCCACCGGCCCUGGUCCACUUCCUCCACCAGCAGCGGACACAGCAGGUAGAGCAGGACGUGUUCGCACACCCCUAUCAGUACGAACUGGAUCACUUUACGCCCCCAGAGUGGGCGCUUCAGAAACCGCAGCCCCAAGCCUACAAGCCCCUGGAGGACACUGCCUGCCACUUGGUGACCUCGCUGGACCAACUCGUGCAACUCAACGCGACGCUCCUGGCCUGUUGGGAAUUUGCGGUGGACUUGGAGCAUCACUUUUACCGCAGCUUCCUGGGCCUGACCUGCCUGAUGCAGAUUUCCACGCGCACCGAAGACUUCAUCAUCGACACGCUGGAGCUGCGCAGCGACAUGCACCUCCUCAACGAGAGCUUCACAGACCCUGCCAUCGUGAAGGUCUUCCACGGCGCUAACUCCGACAUAGAAUGGCUGCAGAAGGACUUCGGGCUGUACGUGGUGAACAUGUUCGACAUGCAGCAGGCAGCGCGCCUUCUUCGGCUGGGCCAGCACUCCCUGGACCACUUGCUGAAACGCUACUGCAACGUGCAGGUGAACAAGCAGUAUCAGCUGGCCGACUGGAGGGUGCGCCCUUUGCCGGAGGAAAUGCUCCACUAUGCCCGCGAGGACACCCACUACCUGCUCUACAUCUACGACUGCAUGAGGCUGGAGCUGUGGGCUGCUGCCAGCGAGCAGCCCUCGAAGGCCCGGGUGGUGUGGCAGCGCAGUAGGGACAUCCGCCUCCGGAAGUUCGCCAAACCCCUCUUCACGGAUGAGUCCUACCUGAAGCUGUAUGAGAAGCUGAAGACGCCUCUUAAUACGCAGCAGCUGACAGCCUUCCGGCUGCUGUUCGCCUGGAGGGAUCACCUGGCAAGGAGGGAGGAUGAGAGUUGCUGCUAUGUCUUGCCCAACCGCAUGAUGCUGAAGAUCUCAGAAGAGCUGCCCGAGGAGCCCCAGGGCAUCAUUGCCUGCUGCACCCCCGUCCAGCCUCUGGUAUGGCAACAACUUAACGAGCUGCACCUUCUCAUCCAGAAGGCGCGAGGAACCCCUCUGUGCCAGUCGGAAGUUGCCACCGGACUGAGGAGGAUACAGUUUGAUACACGGCCCGUUUUUUGA